AUGCACAGCAGCUCCAAGUCGCGCUCCGGAUCUCUGUCGCCUGUUCGAUUGGACCAAUCGUCUCCUUCAAAGUUUGACAGCAGCGAGUCGCUCGCGUCUGGAUUGGUUAGACUCUCGCCGAGCAAAAGGCCAUCUGGAGGGCUGAACUCGCCAACAAAGAAGCAUAGAUUGCACAAAGAGUUCCAAAUCUACGACGAUCCCACAAACUACAGGGAGGCCGUUGACUCGCUUGAGUCAAUGGCAGUAACAGACGUCGAGAAUAAGGAGAACGAGAACCCCCGCAACAACGUGUCGAAAGAUAUCGAGAACCGUGCGCCACAACGGUUGUCUGCAAAACGUGCCGCACUGACGGAUUUGCGGAUCCAGCAGUAUCCGGGCUAUAUUCAGACUUUUGAGACCAACGAGGCUGGAACAACAGGCAUUUUGGCCCCAAAGCACCAGCUUACACAGGGAUUCAUGAUAAACACAGCUGGUGUCAACAAUUCGACCAAAAGGACUGCUGUUCCGUCGUUUGUGACGCCGCCUAAGAAGAACCGCAUCCAUUACAGGUACAUCGAGUCCCUCAACAAGGUGGACCAGACCAGACCCGUCCCCGUGAUCAGGGUCUAUGGCAAGCUGACUACGGGCCACACAUGCUUACUACACAUCCACAAUGUUUUUCCAUACCUAUAUGUGCAGUAUAGAGGCCCCACUUCGGACGAGAAGAAGAUCAACGACCAUUUACUAAGCUGGAAGAAUGAGAUAGACACGCAGAUUUAUCGAUCGUUUAAGUUCCGCCACAGGAAGAAACCCAAACCAGCAACUAAAGAGGAUGAGACGAUUGACAUCGAAGGUGUGGAUGAUGUCGACGACGACGACGACGACGGACUGGACGAGGAGGAAGUGGACAUCGGCGCCGGAAACACCUAUGUUGCAGAUAUAUCUCUUGUGAAGGGCAAUUCUUUCUAUGGGUACCAUUUUGGCUUUUCUCCAUUCAUCAAAAUCAGCCUUCUUAGUCCCCGGUACGUGAAAAGGCUCGAACGGCUGCUUGGAGAGGGAAGGUUGUUUGGCAAAGUGGUGCAACCGUUCGAAGCACAUAUCCCGUACAUGUUACAGUUUCUGACUGAUUACAACUGUUUUGGUUGCAACUGGAUUAGUCUUGAAAAAGCAUUUUGGCGAUCGCCUUUGGUCCAGACACAGGGCCCUUUGGACGCAUUUCAGGAGUACUUCGAGACUGACUUUGCUCAGCUGAAUCAGAUCAAGGUGACAUCAGAGGUGAAGCAAGAGAUUGCCCGCCAUUUGACCCGGGACAUGUUCAGUGUCAAUGUACUCUCGUCCGAAAAGUAUCCGCGAAUGGGACGGGUGUUUUGUGAGCUCGACACGUCCGCUGUGUGGCUCAAAAACAGAUUGACCUGCAAAGAGCGAGACGUUCACUCAAAACUGUCCUUCAAUAUUCCUGAAGAUCAGGACGGUGACAGCUAUAUUUAUUCUAUCAAAAGUCUGCUAAGUGAUUUGGAGUAUCAGCGGCGCCUGAGAAACAUGUCUUCCCAGGCCAAGGUCAAGCUUUUCAGUGGAGGAAAGCGCGAUUUUGCCGGAACCACUUGGAUUGAGCAGGACGAGCUGGACGAGCUGCUUGCAUACUGUGUUGAGGAGUCCAAGAAGGAAUGGAGCCGGCUGCAUCCCAAACAUCCUCUGGAACCGGAUACUGUGGUACCCAGAAACGACUGGCUUCAAAAAUACAACACCAGCUUUCAAAGCGUCGACGAGUUCCAUUGCCCGCGUGUGCCCGAGAGCCAUCUUUUAAGAGUUCCCGAGGAGCUGAUUUUGCACGAGUCUCAGAUUUGCGACUGGCUGCUUGAAAGGGACACAGAGCCGCAGAUGGCGAGCACACAGGACGUCUCGACUGUCGACGUGGUCGAUGACGCGUCAGACCCUUCGUCGGAUGAGACGGAGCACGAGGACGAUUUUUUGGGCAGCAUACCCCAUAUCCAGGAGAAGCUGGGGAUAAAGACUGGCGAAAGCCCGGCUCCGGCCGCUCCUGACGAAACCAACACCGAUGAGGCCAAGAGUUCGGGCUCCAUCAACCUCGAUUUGCGAAUAUUCGAGCAGACACAGGCUUCUAGAAGACAUAGCGACGAAACAAACACCAGUAUAGAACCAAAGCACGACACACAGAUAGACAACCCAGCCAUCAAGCUAACUGCUUCCGAGGAGCUCUUUGAGCUAACUAGGCCGCCUCCAACGUUCCCUAACUUCGAUGCCAUGGGAAAAAGCUUUGAAGACCACGCACUGCUCAAAAUUGAGUAUCCCGAUCCAUAUUACAGCUCAAGAAACGGGUAUAGUGAUGCACCGGAGUACUUUGCUGGUCGCAAGUUCCAGGUCAAGUGUCUUGAUCUCCAGGGUCUCAAGCCGUACGCAGUUGCUACAAAUGCCAACUCCAAUUCGGUCUCUAUAGCUGGAGAUGGAGUACCCAGUAUCUGGAGCUAUAGAAAGCACCCGCCGUUGUACGAGGACGUGCUUCGAUGGUCUGUCGAGCACCCGGACCCUAUCAAAACUCGGUCGCAGUUGCUUAGGUCUCAGAUAGACCAAGCAACUCAGAACAUGAAGGGAUACAAAGUUCCCUCUUUCCAGUCCCCUAUUGUGCGCAAGGCAAACAACUUCAACAAGCUGAUUGUGCUGAACAUGGAGCUGCAUGUUAACACUCGCGGAGACCUGUUUCCGGAUCCGCUUGAGGACGAGAUCAGGAUGAUAUUCUGGUCUUUUGACGAUCAAAAUUAUCCGAUCGACCUUGGGAUCGAGGGGUCCGGGGUGUUUGUAGUACACUCUCACGAAGUUACUCGCAAACAUAUUAACUUUCCCGUGCAAACUUUCAGCAGCGAGGUUGACAUGGUAAGAGAGCUCGUUUCCCUGGUUGAAUUGGUGGAUCCAGACAUUCUCUCAGGAUACGAAAUUCACUCUGCUUCCUGGGGAUAUUUGCUGGAAAGGUUUCGACAAGUGCAUAAGAUGGACCUGGCAGUGCGGUUGUCAAGGGUGGCCGCCAAGCAGCUGAACAAGAUGAACGACCGAUGGGGCUUCACGCAUGCCUCGGGCAUAAAAAUAACAGGCAGACACAUGCUGAACCUGUGGCGACCAUUGCGCAAAGAGCUGAGCAUCAACAGAUACUCGCUCGAGAACGUGGUUUGGCACACUUUGCAUAUCAAGAUUCCUCACUAUGAGCACAAAACUCUAACACAAUGGUUUCUUUCCAACAAUCCAGGAAACCUCAACAAUCUUGUGGAAUACUACAUGUCCAGGCUGCACUGGCAGAUGAAACUGAUCAAUAAGAUGGAAAUCAUUGAGAGAAUGGUGGAGGAGUCGCGGUUUUUGGGGAUUGACUACUACUCCGUGUUUUAUCGCGGGUCGCAGUUCAAAGUGGAAAGUCUUCUGGUGCGACUGGCAAAGGCAGAGAAUUUCAUUCUCAUUUCUCCCUCGAAAAAACAGGUUUUCAAACAGGAUCCACUCCAAGUGAUCCCGCUGAUUUUGGAGCCCGAAAGCUCGUUUUACAAGAGUCCGCUGCUUGUGCUGGAUUUCCAGUCGCUUUACCCGUCUUUGGUGAUUGCCCAUAAUUUAUGUUAUUCUACGUUACUUGGCAGACUCCAGGGCUAUGACCCUAAGAAGACACAAACGAUAGGAAUUACGUCCUGGAAACUGCCGCCUGGACUCUUGAAGUUGUUUGAAAAACACAUCACUGUGACACCCAACGGACUUAUGUUUUUAAAGCCAAACGUCAGAAAAUCCUUACUGGCCAAAAUGCUAAGCGAGAUCCUGGAUGCCCGCAUUUUGGUGAAAGAUACCAUGAACGGCCUCAAAGACGAUUCAGAGCUCUACAAGCUGUACAAUAAUAGACAGCUGGCGUUGAAGCUGAUUGCCAAUGUGACCUACGGGUAUGCAUCCGCGACGUACUCGGGCAGAAUGCCCAACUCGGCCAUAGCAGAUGCCAUAGUCUCUGCUGCGCGCCAAACACUGCACAGUGCAAUAAGUGAGAUCGACAAAAACGAAGAAUGGGGCGCCAAAGUGGUAUAUGGAGACACAGACUCGUUGUUUGUGUAUCUCCCGGGAAAGAGCAAGGCGGAUGCAUUCAAGCUAGGCCGAGAAAUAUCCAACCACAUCACCUCCCUAAACCCGUCGCCUGUUCGUUUGAAAUUCGAAAAAGUAUACUUUCCUUGCGUUCUGAUCAGCAAGAAACGGUACGCAGGAUACUCUUACGAGCACGAAGACCAAGAAACGCCCAAGUUCGAUGCCAAGGGUAUAGAGACCGUUCGACGAGACGGAGUGCCGGCACAGCAAAAAAUGGUGGAGAAGUCGCUUCGACUGCUGUUCGAAACCAAAGAUCUCACCAAAGUCAAGCAAUACGUGAACUUGCAGUUCCUCAAAAUUAUGCAGAACAAGGCCAAUUUGCAGGAUUUCCUGUUUGCAAAAGAGAUCAGAUUGGGAUCGUACAAAAACCCAACUUCUAUCCCUCCAGGUGCUCGCAUCACCAUGAAAAAAGUUGCCCAAGACCAUCGAUCUGAGCCACAAUAUAGGGAAAGAGUAUUUUACAUGGUUGCCAAGGGAUAUAAAGACCAGCUGCUUCGUGACCGAUGCAUGGCUCCAAGAGAUUUCUUAGCUAACGGGAAUCUUGAAUUGGAUGCAUUCUAUUAUAUUACCAAAGUGCUUAUACCCCCGCUCCAACGGAUCUUUAAUCUCUGCGGUGUCGACGUUAAUAAGUGGUUUGACGAGCUCCCGCGGAACUUGAUUGCGCCGAGCUUGGAUCAACUGAAUUUCAAAACACCUCUGAUUAACAGCGCCAAGUGUAUUAGUUGCAAUACCGUUAUUCAAAGAACCCUGGAGAGAACAGGGAAACUAUGUCCCGAGUGCAGCACCAAUGAGCUGCAAACAAUCGCUCACAUGCGCUCGUGCGUGCGCGCGAAGGAAUCCCAAAUGGAUGCCACAAUGCUAAUAUGCAAGCAAUGUACAAAACGAAGUCUGCGAAAUAACAACUCGCCGCUUUCCACUGCGCUGGCAUGUACCAACGAGGAUUGCUCUGUUUUCUAUGAUCGAAUCAAAGCGAUCACUCAAACAGAGAAAACGAUGGCAGCUUACGCCGAGUACCUCAGCUGGUGA